AUGCCGCCGCACACCGUUUCUGAUGAUUUAAAGGCUCGAAUCCCUGUUUUACGUCGACGCGGGCACUCCGUCAAGCAUAUCUGUUAUCUACUUGGAGUCAAAAAGACCCUUGUAUACAAAGUUUUGCGGCUCUUUUCCCCAACUUGUAGCAGCAUCCACAGCAAGAAUACAGGCUGCCGUCGCACCCUGACCAUCGAUGAUCUUGCUUUUAUCACUGCUAUCCUUCGUCACCGACCUACUAUCUAUCUCGACGAGUUACAACACGAAUUGCACUCUCGCCGCGGUGUGUCUGUGUCUGUGCAAACACUUCUCCACACAUUUCGGUGGUUACAUCUCAGUCGCAAAUGCAUCUCCGCUUAUGCUCUUGAAUGGAACGAAGAAAAAUGUGCUAUUUUUAUGAAUAGUAUUGCUGAAAUUGCACCUGACCCUGAAAUGUUAAUGUUUGGUGACGAGGCCGCAAAAGAUGAGAGAACCCUCAUUCGACACUAUGGCAGAUCAAGAAUUGGAACAAGGUAUGUCAAAUUUUACUUCGAUUGUCCUGUAAUAACUAGUCUAUACCAGAUGCAUACAAAGGAAGUGCUUUGUGUGAGGCAAACACUACUCGAUCCUGCCAAUACUCACUCUUGA